AUGUCUUUAGCUGAAUUUAUUGUGGCAGUUAAAAGACACUGUAGUGAUAUUCACAGUGAUCGAAUUUGUGUUACAUGUAAACCUGUUGUUAUUGCUGCGAAUGAAAUAGCAAAAAAGGGGAUUGUUCCAUUAUCAGCAUUAUACAGACAAUGUUUUGGAACUGUAUAUAAAUCAGACAAAGCUAUUCGCCGUAUAAUUCAACUUCCAGUGAUUAUUUUUCGUUCAUUUAAUCAGUUAUUUGUAACUGCGUUUGUUGACAGAGUUGACUAUACAAAACUUGUUCAGUGUGUUUAUAAGUAUAUUCCCCAGAAAACAAUGUCAUCAGGAGUAGACAAAGAUAGUUUACAAUUGAUGUGUGAGUUAGCCAGCAGUGAAAAGGAUAGAAAAUUAAUUAGAGUUGCAUGUUGCCAAGGAAAAUCAGGAAAUGAAGCAAAAGCAAUGGGAAUUUCCAAUUUAAAUAAGGAAAAAGCUAUGGUUUAUGAGGCUAUAGAAGAGUAUAAGGAGAUUAAAAAACUGUAA